AUGGCACCGAUCACCCAGUCGGUGCACCACCACCGCAGCACAACAAAGACCUCGCACAAGGGCUUCAAGAGCAAACACGCCACCAAAGGCGAAGUUAAAGAGCGCAAUCGAGGAAAGGUCGAGAGCGGAGAACGAGGGGUGCGCAAAACCCCCCACCAGCAGCUGAUGUCGAAACUCGAUCGCAAGAACCAAGCCCGCCAGAAGCAGCAAUUGAAACACCAGGAAAAGGCCAACGCAGUCGGCAUCUUUUCCGGUCAGCAUGGAGCCCCUCGUCAAGUCGCCGUCGUUCCCCUGUCCGAGAAAAUUGACCUUCCUGCUGUCAUCCGUUCCUUGAACGAGAGUGUCGAUGUGACCCAAGACGUCAACAAUGAUGGUUUAUCACGUGUACGCAUUGAUCGUUUCAAACAAAACCUCGUUUAUAUCCCGUCGAAAUACGACUUGAUGAAUGCGUUGGAUGUAUGCCGUGUGGCCGACUUUGUCGUCUUGGUUCUGCCAACGGAUGUCGAGGUUUCCGACGAAGGAGAGAUUCUUCUGCGGUCAAUUGAAAGCCAGGGUAUUUCCAAUGUGCUUGUUGUUGCACAAGGGGUGGAUAAUGUGAACCCGCCCAAGAGACGUACCCAGGUGAUCGCUUCUCUGAAGUCCUAUAUCAAUCAUUUCUUCCCUGCGAUCGACAAGGUCCUCUCUCUAGACUCCAGACAAGAAUGCUCCAACGCCGUCCGCGGCCUAUGUACAGCAACUCCAAAGGGCAUCCGAUGGAGAGAAGACAGAAGUUGGAUGCUCAUCCAAGAUGUCCAAUGGCCCGAAACUAGCAGUGGCAGUAGCAACGUUACUGUCACGGGUGUUGUUCGAGGCAAAGGCCUAAAGGCAGACCGGAUUGUCCACAUACCUGGUUGGGGCGAUUUCCAAGUUGAUUCAAUCACUGCCGCACCACUGUCAUCACCAAAGGGCAAAAAGGAAGAUGCGAUGAACAUUGAUGAUUCAGAGAGCCCUCAGGUCCUCGAUCAACCAACAGAAGACCAGGACGACAUGGCGACAGUUGCGCCUGAGGAAAUUGAAAUGGAAGAUGACAUGGUAUCACAUGCCGAGACUGAGAAACGAGGUGUCUUACUUGAUGACCACCAUUACUUCUCUGACGAUGAAUCGCACAUGCCAUCUCGCCCUAAAAGACUCCCCAAAGGGACUUCCGAUUACCAGGCCGCCUGGUUCUUGGAAGACGACUCAGACUCCGGGUCAGACAUGGUCGACAUGGAGGACGAGGAUGUAGACAUGGAGGUCGAUGAAACCGAAGGUCGCCCAGAGGAUGGCGUCUUUCCCGAACGUGGCGAUGCCAUGACCGAGGGUGGUCCUUCGGAAUACCCCCAAUCGGAGGUGUUCUUGGAUCCUUCUCCAGAGGACGAAGCAGAACAACUAGAGGAGUACCGCGCUAGUCGUAGAAAGGAAGAAGAAAACGACCUGGAAUUCCCCGACGAAAUCGAGCUCCACCCGAACGUGCUUGCCAGAGAACGGCUUCAGAAAUACCGUGGAUUGAAAAGUCUCAAAACCAGCAUGUGGGAAACCUCGGAAGACCGGCCGUACGAGCCAGAAGAGUGGCGACGACUUCUGCAGUUUAAUGACUACAAGGGAAUCAAGAACAAGCUCGUCCGCGAGGCUCUCAUGGGUGGCGUUGUCCCAGGAACUCGAGUUAACGUGCAUCUCAAAGCCGUUCCAAGCACUCUUCGCAGCCGCCCGACACCAGUUGCGCUGUUCUCGCUCCUUCGCCAUGAGCACAAACACACUGUAAUCAAUAUGAACAUUACCGUAAACUCGUCUGUCGAGGAACCGAUCAAGUCCAAGGAGGAAGUGAUCAUCCAAUGCGGACCACGCCGUCUGGUGGUCAACCCAAUCUUCUCUGGGGCUGGCAACACACCAAACAACGUCCACAAGUUUGACCGCUACCUGCAUCCUGGCCGCAGCGCCAUAGCCUCGUUUGUUGGACCCGUCACCUGGGGCGCUGUGCCUGUGCUAGUAUUCAAGAACCAAGCCGUCAAGGACCCGGAAGUGCUUGAUUCGGACGAAAAGACAAUCAACCGCCUCGAGCUGGUAGCCACGGGCACCGUUGUUGCGCCAGACCACUCUCGCGUCGUCGCCAAACGAGCGAUCUUGACGGGACAUCCUUUCAAGAUCCACAAAAAGGUCGUCACGGUUCGCUACAUGUUCUUCAAUUCCGAAGAUGUCAGCUGGUUCAAGGCUCUCCAGCUCUGGACUCGGCGCGGUCGCAGUGGCUUUUUCAAGGAGAGUCUGGGAACUCAUGGAUACUUUAAAGCUACUUUUGAUGCCAAGAUCAACCCGCAGGAUUCCAUUGGGAUUAGUUUGUACAAGAGGAUUUUCCCGCGCAAGGCACGAGCCAUUGAAGAGGUGGAGGCCUAA